AUGGAAGGGACACAGUCAUUGGGAGGAUAUAUCGGACCUCAAGCAGAAUAUAUUAAACUCGUAUCAUCUGAUGGAUUUGAAUUUUUCAUCAAAGAAAAAUAUACAAUAACAUCGAAGACUAUAAAAGAUAUGCUACAUGUUCGACACGUUCUUGAGGAAGACGAAGAAAAUUUCCUAAAAUUUGAAGCUAUUAAGCCUUCAUUGAUGAUGGAGGUUUGUAAGUACUUCAUUUACAAGUCUUAUUAUACUUUGCAACAUUUUGAUGCUAUUCCUAAAUUUCCUGUUAAUUUAGAUGCUUUAGGAUAUUUGCUACGAGUUGCAGACUACCUGAAAUGCUGA